AUGGCCCGCGUGGAGGAAUUACCGGAUGACCCUGAUGAGGGUUGGAAUCUCAGUGGGCCGCCAAAGUUCGAUGCCGAUGACGAUGCUGUCUUCGAAGAGAUGUACUACAAUCGAUUUGCCAAAAAAGGCCCAGAUGGACCUGAGAGCAAUCCCAAGAGUUUCGAGGAAGUGAUGCUGGAACUCAGCAAAACGCCACUGUUUAUGAAUGACCUCAAUGAUGUUGCGAAUGCCGGUGAUGAGAAUGCGGAAUUGGAUGCUAUCCGAGCAUUGCAGUACGAAGGCACCAAGAGUGACAUCGCCCAAGGCUUCAAGGAACAAGGUAAUGAAAUGGUGAAGACUCAGAUGUGGAGUGAUGCAAAGGAGUUCUACACCAAAGCUAUUGCCGUACUUACAGACCAGUCGGAUGACAAGUGGGAAAAAGGUGAUGAUCCCGAGUUAGAGGCAAAGAGGGAGAAGGAGUUGGAGGAGCAAUGUUUCACAAACCGCGCACUGUGCCACUUGGAACUAAAGAAUUUCCGAUCCACGACCAUUGAUUGCGCCUCGGCCCUCCGGCUGAAUCCCAGCAACAUCAAGGCCCACUAUCGCUCAGCACUGGCUCUGCUGGCGCUGAACAAGACCACUGAUGCCAGUGAUGUGUGUUUCAGGGGUCUCAAACUGGACCCAGGCAAUACCGCAUUGAAGAAAUUGAAUGAAACAGUCCAGGCUCAACAACAAGUUGAGGACUUGAGAGCUCGAAAGAGAGCCAUCGAGGAAUACAAGACAGAAAAGAAAAAGUUCAUGCUUGCAACAGCAUUAAAGGCUCGUAACAUCACUCUGCGAGGCUCACCUCAAGCACCAGAUCUGGAGGACGCAGAGAUUCACCUUUCACCCGAUCCUAUGGAUCCAAAGAGUAUGCUUGUUUUCCCAGUGGUAUUCCUCUAUCCUCUGCACGCGCAGUCGGACUUCGUCAAACAAUUCGGCGAGAAAGACUCCAUUAUCGAUCAUUUGAGUUACAUCUUCCCAUUACCAUGGGAUGCAAAGCAAGAAUAUCGGAUUGAUUCGGUGGAGUGUUUCAUGGACACCACCACGGGCGGGAUGGCCAAGAUAGGCAAGCGACUAAGCAUGCUCCAGGCUUUGACUACCGGCAAAGUGGAAAUAGUGGAUGGACUUGUCAAGAUACAUGUCGUGCCAACGUCACUUACCGGGAGAUGGACAGGAGAGAUGAAGAAGCGGAAAGCCGGGGUAUGA